AUGCAUCAAGUAAAGGCCUGUGGAAUUUGCACAAAUGUGGAUCAUCCCACUGACUCGUGCCAUUUGUUGCAAGAGGAUGAGGCUGAACAAGUGAACAUGGCUGGAGGCGUGCCCGCGCCUCGAAAAUGGUACGAUCCAUACUCCAACACAUACAAUCCGAGUUGGCGAGACCACCCUAAUUUCAAUUAUGGUAAUAGGCUACAGAAUUCAUUCUCCAAUCGUCCACCAGGAAUCCAACAACCGUGGCAACAAAAGUCUCACCCCUCGUCCUCCAGCUCAGGAAGUUCUUUGGAGGAAAUUUUCAAGAGUUUGGCCACGACCACUGCUCAACUCCAGCAAGAGACUAGGUCCUUGGUCACGAGUACUGCUCAGUUUCAACAGGACACCAAAGCAGGCAUGAAAGAUAUGGAGAUUCGAAUGAGUCAAAUGGCAAUUGCCAUUAAUCGCCUGGAGUCCCACGUCUAUGGGAAAUUGCCUUCACAGCCUGAGGCAAACCCCAAGAAUGUAAGUGCCAUGACAUUAAGGAGUGACAAAGAGGUGGAGGGGCCUAAGGCCACAAACCUGAACAGCAAGAAUGAAGAUGAUAUCGAAAACGAGAUGAAAGAAGAAGGACGCAUCCGUGGCAACCCUGAGGUAACUCUUACUCCAUCUGUGCCCAUUAAAUCUAAUUUACCCCCUUUUCUAUGCAGGUUAGAGAAGGCGAAGAAGACGGAAAAGGAGAAAGAGAUCCUGGACGUAUUCAGAAAGGUGGAGAUCAACAUCCCUUUGUUGGAUGCAAUCAAGCAAGUACUGAAAUACGUGAAAUUUCUCAAGGACUUGUGCACCCAUAAAAGAAAGUUGAGAAGGGAUGAACGAGUAGCCAUGGGGAAAAGCGUAUCAGCCAUACUCCAAAAAAAGUUUCCACCCAAAUGUCGGGAUCCAGGUAUAUUUACGAUCCCCUGUAAGAUUGGAAAUACGCCGAUCAGGAAGACCAUGUUGGAUUUAGGGGCAUCAAUUAAUGUGAUGUCAAAAACCAUUUAUACAUCUCUAAAUCUAGGACCCCUUAAAGAAAUGGUCAUCAUAAUCCAACUAGCCGACCGCACUAAUACUUACCCUGAGGGGCUAGUUGAGGAUGUCUUGGUUUAG